CCCGCCUCAACACUGCCUCCUACAUUCACCAACACACACGAUUUCGACGAUUUCGAUAUCUCUGACUACUUUGGUAGUCUUGCUAGCGAAGUUGCUGUAUCAAGUCCCCCGCGCCCAGCCAUGGCCGCCGACUUCAGCGAAGGCCGCCUGGAGUGCUCCGUCGGAAAGCCGAUUAAGGAGCUGCCAGGCACCAAAGAUGCCUAUGUGUCCUAUCAAGUCACAACUAAGUCCGACUUCCAAUCCUUCCAGCGCCCCGAGUUCUCCGUCCGCCGCCGCUUCACAGACUUCGUCUUCCUAUGGAAAACACUGUCCAAGGAAUAUCCGCAAUGCGCCGUCCCGCCAUUACCGGACAAACACAAGAUGGAAUAUGUGCGUGGGGAUCGCUUUGGGCCUGACUUCACCCAACGGCGGGCACAUUCAUUGCAUCGAUUUCUUAAACGUGUGACGCUGCAUCCUGUGCUACGGCGAGCUGUUCUCUUCAUCACUUUCCUCGAGUCUCCCGAUUGGAACCAGCACAUGAAAGGCCGACAGUCAAGAGGGACAUCCAUGUCUGAGCCGUCCGGCGGGACAGGCAUAGUCGACUCGAUUGCGGAAAGCCUCCUCAAUACCUUUAGCAAGGUCCACAAGCCAGAUAAGCGCUUCAUCGAAGUCAGCGAGCGCGCAACCAAACUCACUGAAGACCUCUCCAACGUGGAAAAGGUGACGGUACGAGUCGCAAGACGGCAGGCCGAUCUCGAGGCUGAUUACGCCGACCUCGCAACCCAGUGUCAGAAGCUCAUUACGCUAGAACCCGGCGUGGAAGGGCCCUUGACCUCCUUCGCAUCCUCCGUUGCAACCACCUCGCAAGGCUUUAAAACACUCAAAGAGCACACAGACCAAAACUACCUCACCAGCCUCCGGGAUAUGGAUGCCUACAUCCAAGCCCUAAAAACCCUCCUCCGGACGCGGGAAAACAAGCAGCUCGACUUCGAAGCCCUGACCGACUACCUCGCCAAAUCCGCCGCUGAUCGAGACCAGCUCGCUUCCCAACACGGAUCCUCUGGCCUCGGCGCCUCCGGUUUCCUGCGGUCCAAGGUGGAAGAUUUGCGCGGCAUUGACCACGAACAAGCUCGGCGGCAACGUGUUCGUAAACUCGAAGUCGACAUUGAACGUCUCACUGGAGAAGUUGAGAACUCGAAGAAAGCAACCGAGGCCUUUGACGAGCACACGGUCAAGGAAGUCGCUGAUUUCGAGAGGAUCAAGGCCGUCGAAUUCAAGGAUACGCUGGGGGAUAUGGCAGAUGCGCACAUUGAGUUCUUCCAGGGGACGAUCGAGACAUGGGAGAAAUUUCUGGAAGAUAUGAGGAAGGAGGAGGAUGAUAGGGCGGCCGCUGCCGAGGCCGCAUAGUAGGGGCCUACCCCCGAGCAUCAAAUAUAGGGUUUUGGUGUGUUCAUUCGUGUCCCUUGGUCGCGGCGUUUUGCAGGCGGGCUAAACAGGAUGAUUAGCCAAGGGAGGUCUAUGUCAAGGUGUAUUCAUAGUGG